UCGACAUUCGAUCGGUGUCAGACGUCAUUUGGAGUGAAAUGGUUACAUUUUUAGGUUAUCGCACAGAGAACCUGGUGAACGCCUAACAUUUUACCGUUUCGUCUCGUAAACUUUUAGGCUCUUUCCUCAUUUCAGCAUGACUUACUUGAAUCAGCCGGAUUACGUGCGCUAUUUAUGCAACUGCGGCUCCCUAAAGCCUAUAUCCAAGAUAUACUUCUGUCGACAUUGCUUGAUGAUACGAUGUGGCUACUGUGUCUGUCAAGAGGUCGAUUCCCAUUACUGUCCUAAUUGUAUGGAGAAUUUGCCCUCAUCAGAAGUACGUCUUAAAAAGAACAAAUGUUUCAAUUGCUUUGACUGUCCUUGCUGUUUUCAAACACUAUCUACAAGAGCAGGAAUAGCACCUGUGAGAGCAGCACCAAGCGAGGGAGAGGAGAACAAGGAUGUUAAAGCCACUCCCAAAAAAGUUUAUUAUCUGUUUUGCUCAUUGUGCCGAUGGAGUUCCCGAGAUGCAGGGAUACCUGAUCAAUCCGUAGCAACUGGAGGAUGGCCUGAACAGGAAAAUCCACAUUUAACUCGCAUUAGUGCUCUUAUUGAUUAUCACAAGGUGUUAGCCUCUAUAGAAAAGCAGCAAUGCGAAAGGAAGAAAUUUCAUCCAAAACGCUCCUUCAUGCCAGCUCAGACAAUGUACAGUUUUACAUCAGCGCUGGUUCGCAAGCGUAUUGGGCGUCCCAUAAAACCGCCAAUGCAAUCACAAUCGUCCGCUCAGCCAGCACCAUCUAUUGCAAGUGAGGAAGUGGACGAAUUACCGAGCGAUAUAUUUACAGAAUCUGUGGAUAUAACUAAAAUUACCACGUUGGAACAAAGAUUGCAGCAUCCAGACGUACAAGCUGAGAAGAUAAACGAAUUGCGUCCUCAGCAUAGGCAAUUUUUAGUAAAAAGAUCGCAGCGUUGUAGAGUAUGCGAACAUAAUGUCAGCAAGUCGGAUCUUUGUCCUCAAUCAACAAAAUUUAAGAUUUUACUAGCUGCAUUUUAUCAUAUCCCAGAAGUCAAGAUUGUUACCUGUGAACCACUUCAACCAGGAAAAUCAAGUGAACUACUUUUAAAAUUCUGCAAUCCAACACAGCAUCAAACUCAAAUUACAAUAUUGCCUUUAGAUACCUCAUUAUCUACUUCAUUUACUGAGGAAAAAGAUGCUAAAGAGGAUACACAAGAUAAUGAAUCUUCAAGUUUAUUGCCGUCUACUGUACGACAGGCACCUGUAACAGAAGACCCUAAGUCAAUAAAAGUUGUACCAAAUGCAGAUUUGAUGAUGCCUCACAGUUCGUUGAUUCUUCCACCAAGAGAUGAUGCCGCCGAAUACGAUGAUACGAGUGAUAAUCAUAAUUUUCAGGAUGAUCCAAAACUUGUAGUAUGGCGAAAAGGAAAUAAAGCAGUGAUACGUCUGCACGUAACUCCGCACGAUACCAAUAAAGAUAAUGAAGAUCCAGUUGUAGUUGGAUUUGUCAUGCAACAUGGAUACGUAAAUACUAUUGCAGCACUAGAGCACAAGUCGCCGCAGAAAGUAGAUGUAAAGGUUAAAUUAUAUCUUACUGUUGGCCAGCUAAUCAGCGAAACAUAAAUUUUUUUCGAUUUAAUUAGAGAAAUUGCAAAAUAGAAUACUCUAAGUGCUUUAUAGUUUUAAGCUAAUUAAAUGAUAAGGAUACCUAAAUAUUAAUACUUCAAUGUAUUAUUUUACUGCAUCAAGCUUGAUAUUCACUGCAAUAUAUUUAUUAGUAUUAAACACAUAAAAUUAAGAUUUAAUAAUCCUAAUCAAUCUUUCUAUUACUUUUUCCAAUUUAAUAUUUGUUUUUUUUUUUUAUAUUACUGUAAUUAAAAACAGAAAAAUUAAGUCUCAUAUUAAAAGAAAAAAAUAUAUAUAUCUGUAUCGUAGAAUUGCUUCUAGGAAUUUCAUAAUAAUAAAAAUAAUAAAAAGUAUAUAAAUUAUAGUUUUAAAGACAUCUGUAUAAAAAUUCGAAAAAUAUUAUAUAAUGUUUCACA